CAAAUGUCAACGGUUUGUAGAAGUCGGCAAAUCUCUCUCAAACCCUUUUAAAACCAAAACGCCUCUAUCAAACACCCACUCUCUCAACUCUCAACACCCAACAAAAAGAACAGUACCAAAAUAGAAGAGAGAAACUGCAAGAAAUCACUAGGAGAUCUAUCUCAGAGAAAAGCAGAGAUUAUGAAGCUGGUUUGGACCCCAGAUACAGCUUUAAAAGCCUAUGUUUGUACUAUCAAAACAUGUGAGAAUUUUACGGAAUCCAGUGUAGCGGAACUCCUCUCAGCCAUGGCAGCCGGUUGGAACGCAAAGCUAAUAGUUGAAUCCUGGUCCAAGGGUGGCCCGAUAGCGACGAGCAUCGGCCUAGCCGUGGCGGCUCAUCACACGUGUGGAAGACAUGUGUGUGUGGUACCAGAUGAAGGUUCAAGAUCCGAGUACGUGAAAGCCAUGCAUGCUGCCGGCAUGUUGGAGACGGAGGUUCUGGUUGGCGAAGUGGAAGAGGUGAUGGCAGGGCUUGUUGGGGUGGAUUUUUUGGUGGUGGAUUGUAAACGGAGGGAUUUUGUUCGGGUUUUAAGGCUAGCUAGGUUGAGCCCUAAAGGUGCUGUCUUGGCAUGCAAGAAUGCCUUUCAAAAGUCUGCUUCCGGGUUUAGAUGGCACGGGGCGCUUGCGAGAGGGACACGUGUAGUUAAGACCGUGUUUUUGCCAGUUGGACAAGGAUUGGAUAUGGCUCAUAUAGGGAGUCAUAGUGGGAGUGAGAGCUCAAAGAGGGGUCCUAGCCGUUGGAUCAGGCAUAUCGAUCAAAAGUCAGGAAGUCUGACAAAGAGUAACGGUCGGGCUUUGUCGCCCAUCUAAUAAACGUGGACUACGGACACAAGGCACAGGCCCUGGGCAAUAGCAAAUGGCAGGUCCAAUCCCUGUAAUUGUUAGAUGGUGUCUUGUCUGUAACAGGACAGUUGGAACUUGGAGGUAAGAAAGAUUCGGGCUACUUUAAAAUCCCUCAAUCAAGUAUCGGAUUCAACAAGGAAAUCCCAGUUAAAAGAAUUCGAAUCAGCAGACUUUUGUUAUACUGAUUAACCAAUCUGAUGAGGGAUAUUCUGGAAAAUUGUGCUGUUAUAUAUGAAAUCAAUGGUGUUGGAUUA